CUAACAGACUGGACUGUGAACAAGGUCUGCUUUCUAAACUGAGGGCCCCGAAAGCUAUGGAAUAGUUGUAUUAUAAACUGACCAAGACAUUAUAUUAUCAGUAUGAAAAUUAACAAGGUCGUGGAUUCUGCAGACAAUGCCACAUUGGCUGUGGUGCUCCUGUUGGUUAGGGAGGCAAAACCGGAAAGGGCUGUUUGUCCUCAUUGCAUUACAGCAGACCCUACCUGCCAGGCGCCCAGUGUGCUCAGGCAGACAGCUACAGGGUCUGGCCUUUGUCCUCCAGAGGCCGGUAGCUAGCUGACAUUCGCUCUCGAGUUCCUGGCUCGGUCAUGGGAUCAGAGGACGCCCACUGCACAUUCCCUUGAGCUGUGUUGGGAGUUGCUGGGGUGAGGGGAAAACAUAAUUGCACCUUCUAAAUUGGGGAGAAAAUAGGGGUAAAAUAAUUGGGCACCCAAAAUUUGUAAAAAUUUUGUAAAAAAAAAAAUGUAACAAGAUCAUUAGACACUUAUACAAAUCAGUCAGUCAUCUGGAAUAGUAUUACUAUUAAUACGCUGUGAAAGUUUUUAUGUCUAUGACAAUGCUUGUUUAAAAAAAAAAAAAAUAAUGCAGCAGCUUUUGUGUUAAUGGGGCAAAAACAAAUAAUGAUCCUCCAUCUACACCCCACGCCACUCUAGGAGAUCUGCUGAGUCAAGUCACUUCAGAGAGACUUGUGAUUUCACAUUCAGUCAGCGUUCUUCCAACACUGGUGACCCUCAUCCCCCCUCCCCCCCAUUCUUCAGUGCCAGCAAACUGCUGCCUGUUUUUAAUGACACUGCCCCUUCGCGUUCUCUCUCUCUCUCUCUCUCUCUCUCUCUCUCUCUCUCUCUCUCUCUCUCUCUCUCUCUCUCUCUCUCUCUCUGUUGUUUUUUGCUGAGUAGGUUUCCAAAAUGCAGAUGAUUGAUCUGCUGUCUUGAGAGGCAGUCUAUUCAAACAGACAUCCUCAAUUCUGUGUCAGUUUUGGGCUGAGCUGUGUAUUGCGUCCUAAACUUUUUUUUUUUUUUGUAAGUGGUGCCUGUCUGCCGUUAGUCUUUUGCAAUAACCUCAAAGUUAACAGAUAACUGACAUUGUUUAGGAUUUUAAUUCUCUAGUUCAGUGCAUGGGAAUAUCCCAUUCAAGGUUCUUAAAGUCUGAUUGAACCUUUUUCUGUUUAUCUUUGUUAGUUAGAUCCCUCCUAGAAUGCUAUGUCCAGUUUUGGACUGUUGCAUUUUCGGCAACUAGGCUGAUCCCUGGAAUCGGUAGCAUGAGCUAUUCAUAGUUAUCCCCCACAGGGAUGAAGUACGUCCGUAUGUCGCACUGCAUAUAAAAUAAAGUCUGUUCUUUGGGUGAGAAGAGGAAACACAAUUGCAAGAGGAACUUGUUCUUUACCUUCAGGAUACAUAUUUAUCCUGGUAAAAUCAUCAAAGAAAAUGUCUGUCUUAUAUGUGGGCCAGCACUGCUUGUCCUCAAUCUGUUUGAAAACCAGUUAUUUAAAGCCGUGUCAACCAAAAAAUUCCUGUCCCGGUAUCGAAUCACUUCUUUGGGUUGUAGUUUAAACUCACUCCAAUGGUCUAGCCUCAAUCAGAGUCUAUUUUAAGGAACUAAGCUACUGCAUGGCAUAUUACUAUUGCACUAACCUGAAUUUCACUGAAUUAUUGUAGGUGGCAUUUUAAAAAAGUGGGUAAAUGAAUCCCCACCCCUCCCCCCGGAGAAAAUACCAGUAGGAUUAAUAGUUAAAGGGCAGCGUUGUUAGGUGGUUUUACCCCUUAAGGUAGACACGGAAUUGAUAGGUUGUUUAAACGGUUUCUUCUUAAAAUGCAUUUUACAGCAUGGGUUUGAACAUUGUAAGCCAAAGGGUGGAGAUUCGCUGAACGCUUACAUAAAAGCGAACCUAAUAACCGACGCACAGGAAAUCAAAAAAACCCUUUUCCAAAGGGGACUGACCUGUGGAGAAUGUUCUAUUGAAGAUUUCUUCCAUGGUGGAAACAUCGGAGGCAACCCAACAGCUCUGAAAACAUGUGAGGGCCUUUGGCUUGUGUCAGCUGGGAUUCGAGCAUCAUAACUGAAUUGGGGCAGACUGCUUUUGUGUUUGUGAGUGUAUGUGUGUGACGCGCGUUGACGCGCAGAGCUACAAUGAUGUUCCGAGACCAGGUGGGGAUCCUGACAGAUUGGUUCAAAGGCUGGAAUGAGUGUGAGCAAACGGUGGCGCUCUUGUCACUGCUCAAGAGGGUGACUCGGACUCAGGCUCGCUUUCUCCAGAUCUGCCUGGAGCAUUCGCUGUCCGACUGCACAGAGAUCCACAUCCUAGAAGCCGAGGCAAACAAUGCUGUGAUCGUCAGCCAGUGGUACCAGGAGCCCAAGGAGAAGGUGGUCUCUCUGUUGCUCUCUCACCUACCGCUGCUGCAGCCCCGCAAUGCUGAGGCCAAGUGUGAAUAUAUGUUGCUGCUUCAGAAAGUGCUCACGUACACCAUCGAGAGCAACCUGUUUGUGGAGGAGAGUCGGCAGCUGCUGUCCUACGCCCUGAUCCAUCCAGCCACGACCGUGGAGGACCGCACCACCCUAGCCAUGUGGCUCAAUCACCUGGAGGAGCACUUGUCCAGUGGCUACUCAGGCAGGGCUUCCUUCUCCUCUGGCUACCACCCCCGGCAGGGCUCAGACGAGUGGACGGGCGGCCAGUCUGAGAUCAUGGACCCAGGCCACGUGUGGCAGGACAAACCAGCCACCGCGGGGCAGAACGGGCACAUGCCCUUCCACGUGUCCACUUCCGUGCCGUCUGCCAUGAACAGUAUUGGGAGCAGCGCCAACACAGUUCUGUCAAGCCAAAUCCACCCUAGCCCCCUGAAGAGGUCCAUGUCCCUGGUGCCCACGAGCCUGCAGGUGUCUGGCAGUGACUGGACCAGCCAGGAGGAUCUGGGCAUCCGGGGGUCCUAUGUGUCCUCGGACCACGCGCCUCUCUCGCCUCAGAGCAGUGUGGCGUCCUCGGGCAGCGAGCAGACUGAGGAUCAGGGGAUGGGACGGAACACCUUCCAGGAGGAGGGCAGCGGGAUGAGAGAUGUCCCUACAUGGCUUAAAAGCCUUCGUCUACAUAAAUACGCAGCACUUUUCUCACAGCUGACCUACGAGGAAAUGAUGACACUUACCGAGCACCACCUGGAGUCACAGGUUUGGAAUGUUACAAAGGGAGCUCGACACAAGAUUGCCCUGAGCAUCCAGAAACUGAGGGAGAGACAGAGCGUCCUGAAGUCUUUGGAGAAGGACAUUCUGGAGGGAGGGAACCUUCGAAACGCACUACAGGAGCUUCAACAGAUCAUCAUCACGCCCAUCAAAGUGCACAGCACACCACAGGCGGCUCAGAAAGAGGCUGACUCCGCUUCCCAAGCACCUGAGAAGGGAGGCAAGCAGGGGGAGGACAAGGACCAGGCCACAGAGGGCUUCCAAUCCCCAAAUCCCUCUCCCUGUGACGCAGAACCGUCAGCAGCGCCCAUUCAUGAGGGAGACAUUGCGGGACAGUUUACUAGAGUCAUGGGGAAAGUCUGCACUCAGCUUCUAGUUUCGAGACCGGAUGAAGAAAACAUCAGCUGUUACCUGCAGCUCAUUGAAAAGUGUCUGAUGCAUGAGGCGUUCACAGAAACCCAGAAAAAGAGGCUGGUCUCCUGGAAGCAGCAAGUGCUGAAGCUGCUGAGAAUGUUCCCCCGGAAGGCCAUGCUUGACAUGCCAGGUUACCGACAGAAAGGCUGGGCAUAUGGGUCGAACUCCCUCCCCACAGCGGGCUCUGUGGGAGCCGGGCUUGGCCGUCGGGGGCAGAGGCAGUUCCAGAUGCCCCCUCGAGGGCUGACCCCCAGCCGCAUGGGGCUGCUGAGUCCAGCGGGCAUUGGGGGGGCCUCCCCCAGACACACCCUCACCAGCCCGGCACUAGGGGGCCAGGGCAGGCAGAGCCUGUGGUUUGCUAACCCUGGGGGCAGUAACAGCACGCCCAGUCAGAGCCGCAGCUCAGUCCAGAGAACACACUCGCUGCCCGUCCACACCUCCCCACAAGCCAUGCUCAUGUUCCAGCAGCCUGAGUGCCAAGUUCCAGGGACUGACUUGGAGAUCAAUCCCACGCUGGAGUCAUUGUGCCUCAGUAUGACAGAACACGCCUUAGGAGAUGGCAUGGACAGAACAUCAACAAUCUGAAAACAACGACAACAAAAACAAAAAAGGCUCCACUUCACUAUAUAAAACACCUGUCCUGGAUGGUUUUUUAUACAGGAGCUGUGGGAUAAAUCGCCACUCAUAAACAACAAAGUACAGCAAAUGGUCACUACAAAAAAAAAAAAAACUAACUGUAUGUUCUCUCAUAUUUUUCUACUUUAUUAUACUUAAUAACUAAGGUUUAUUAUUAUUUAAAAAAUGCAGAGUCAUUCAUUUACACAAGGCAAAGAAAAAGAGUUUUGAAUACUCGGAUUUAAAGUCAGCAGUUAUCCACUAUAUUCAGAAUGUCUGUCUCUUACAGCAAGUCUGAAACGAGAUAAAGCAAAAUUGCCACACGGGGAGGGAAAAGGGAGGGGGGGUAGCUGGUUUGUGCUGGUCAUGUGAUUUUAGUUGGGGAAGGGUGGCUGAACUACCUUAAUUUUGGAAAACAAUGUUUUUUCUUUUAAAUGUGGUCAAGUUGUGGCUUGAAGAACCUCUUUAGACCCCCCCCCCCCCCCCCUAAUUAAUUCUGAAUAGUUUUUCUUCAGUUUGUGGGUCGGGGAAAAAAACACACAAUGUCCUCUACAUGACUGUACCAAGCUAAAAACUGUCCAUUCUCUAGUCUUACAGAAUUUGCAUAUUGCUUUAAAAACAAACAAACAAAAAAAAAUUAUAUUCACAUUUGCCAUGAAGCAUGUGAUUUUUUUUUUUUUUUUUAAAUAACCAAGAAAGCCCUGCAUUUAUAGUCAGAAUUACUUUAAUGUAGUGAAGCACUGCAACCGGUUUGCUUAUAAUUGGCUUUCAGUGUGUUUUACCAGACAGCAGUCAACAUCUUGAGCUGAUUGUGAGGCAGCUGCUUAGUUUGGAUUCCCACUCACUCGCAUCUUUCUUUUCUACCUCCAUAAUGGCUCUCUCAUCAGUUUUAGUAUGGAGGAAAUAUAUAUAGUGUGUGUAUAUAUACACGUCUUUCUGGAAGUCGUAUUAUUAUUUUUUUGCCUGGUUUGAACAGCAGUUAAACAAAGACUUUACACAUUAUUGCAGAACGUGGGAACGACCCAAAUGUUAUUUAGUCUUGCCUUCUCACUCCCCCCGCCUAAACUGAUUUGGUUUGGUUUGAAGUCACAGAUUCCUUUGAUUCCGCUGCCUGGCUUGACAGGUCUCCCGAAACCAUUCUCACGUUCUGUAACUUAAAACCUUUAAACCUGUGAUAGCAUUGUCCCUCGACACAGGCUCACGUCACAGAUUCUUUACACAAACACACUCGAUAGACACAACAUGGACCCUUGUUGACACAUCGGUACAGUAAUUGCACGCACAACACAGAAUUGACCUGUUUUUGUUUUCUUGCUUAGGACACAUUUGUGCACGAUUUCUAAGUUGACGUUUAGAAGUUUGGAGUAAGGAAACAGGUGCUAGGAAUGCAGCCAAAGGGUAUUAACUUGUUGAGAGACGUGUGGCAGGUUUCAGCUGUGGGGAAUGGUAGUUCACAAUGUUGGAGAGUAAAAGUCAAAACCAAUCAGUACUCAUUUUACCCUAAAGAGCAAUCUAGUAUGCUCCAGUAAAUUAUCUCGACUAUUGUAUUAUUCUUGCUCUUUUGAAUUGAUGUGUGUCAUUUUUGGUUUACUUCCUGGUCACUUUAUCCUCUAUGGAAGUUCAUCUUGUACACCAUUGACCACCAGCAACACUAGCCCUAGUGGGUGCAAUAAGUACAUUGGUAUAAAACACCAUAUAGAACAACAUGGUAUUUCUUGCACCCAGUUGGGGUAGGUUAAUGGUUACAUUAUUUUGAGACCAAGUUAUAUACAAAGUGAAUCGGAACACAUUAGUUUAAUAUUUUAGACCCAUACCAAGGUAGUCUAAGGGUAUUACUAGUCUGGGACUAUGGAGGCAGAAUGCAGGAAUGUGGAUCUAUGUUAAGUAAGCGUCUUUCAAAUCCCAAACCGUAAAAUAUGGGUAGGAGCAAUACCUAAAUCUCCUAUCCCACACAUUGACUAAAACUAGACUAAACAGCCCCCCACUAAUCUCUCAACAAUAUUUUUCAAACCGUUUGUGAUUUCUUUUUUUACCUAACAAAUGUUAAGACUAGACAGUAGGCAUAUUAUUUUUUAGUGUGUGUGUGAAUAUUCUAGCUAUAUCUGAGGUCCUGAUUUAAAGUAAGUGAAAUAUUAACAGAUUUGUUGUUUCUGGGGUGCACAAACAAUGUGUCUUUCCGACUCAAUCAACAAAUUAACCUUUAUCUCCCUCUUGACUCUGUGACUUUGCUUAGCCCCAAAAAGCAGCCUGUGAAUCCGUCUAUAGGAGUUUUAGAAGUGGAGCUGUGUUUUUAUUUUUAUGGGAGAUUACGAAUACCUACUGCAGGUGUUAUCUAUUGCAGAUAUUUCAGUGAGUAUUAUUGGUUUGAAUGAAAGAGGUACCAAGUUGGACUGACAAACCUGGGGAGCAUUAUAAGCCUUGUGCAUCUGCUUAUCUAACAGUGACAUUCAAUAAGAGUUUAUAGCAUUUGUUUGCCUUUUCUCAAAGAGCAAUCAAAUCUGUUUUGUCACUCUAUCUAUUCCGGAGCGUAAGAGAUCUUGAAUUCAAUGUGAGGUCAGUUUAUGGCUACAAAGCGCAGACCCCUCUCUUCUGAUAACUCCAAGCUUUACCAUAUCAUUUCAUGUACACAUUUCCUGCAGUCAAAUACAAAACGGAAAGCUGUUUAGAUGUUGAUCUUGUAAACAGCGGCAGCAUUAAAUAUCGGCACCCUAACCCAGCCGUGGCUUCUUUCGAAGUGAAAAAGGUGGUCUGUAAAUCAUUUAAAGAAGACCAGGUCAAUGCAGAGUGGCACUAUUACGUUCUGCAGUUCAUUAAAAUAGACACCACUUUCUUGUAGUUCCCCCCCCCUCCCAGAAGGAGAUUCUUAUCGUCUUUCUUUCUGUCAAUCAGCUUUCUGAACUCUGGAUCAUAACAACCGUUUUGAUCGCUGCUAUAGUGAAGGAAAUGGCGUAUUGUAGACUUUUAAAAAUAAAAAAAGAUAAUGGCUUGUGGAUCUCUUAUUCAGCAAUUUUCUUAGAAGGUAGUUUUAGUAGUAGCUUGUUGUGUCUUUAAAUCUGACACACCAAUCUGUUUAAUGCAGGGUGCUAUAGGAUAUGUGUUGUUUCUCAACAGACAGUGAAAUGUGGCUCAAGUCCGGUAUCCAGCACAGUCGGAUAGUAAUCGGAUUUUCCUUCAUAGCUACAUAACGUUAAUGGAGAAGAUUAAUUCUUGUUAGUAGAAUUCAAUGACCCUUUACCAAACUCCUAAUGUGAUCUUCUUUCAAAUCUGGAAUGGAGUUAAUUUUGAUACCAGCAUCUGCCCUUCUGUUAGUGGAUUAUUAAUUUUGCUCAAUAUUUAAACUGUUUGGAACCUCAAAACCUGCGCUUCUUGCCUUUGUGAUGGACAUGACCCGCAAUGCGUUGCCUGUGUGUCGGGUGUAGAUGGUUUGAGUUUGUGAAGAGUGAAUAGCAAGUGAAGAUACUGCAGUGUUCCAUGUCCCAUCCCCAAAUACACCAACAAAUAAAGGUUCUCAUUUAUUUGUUUUGUGUGUGUUGGUGGGAUAACUCCAUACAAGACAUUCUCAAUAUAGUCAUGUCUUACUUGACAGCACCAUCUGGUGGAUUGAUAAUGUCAGGUUAGUGGCAAGAUACUGUCAAUCAAAUUCAAAGUAUCUGGGGUGGACUGAUAUUGCUGUAUUAUCUUUUUACCAACCAUUACUUUCCAAUACUGGUCCCUUUUUAAAAAGUCAUCAAAGAGUAAGCUGCAGAUGUCAUUUUAAUUUCUCUUUACAUUACAUUACAUUUCCCUUGCUGUUUUAUGGUGUUUGCAUUCAUGAGCAGUGGUUUCAGGUUGUGUUUCUCCCAUUUUGAGUUAUAAUUCUCAGAAUGUAUCUUUACUGGCUUUGAGUGGGUUAGAGGUUGGCUAGAUAAUGCUGGGAAUUAACAGACUUUCUCCUUCCAUUCAAAGCAUGUGAAAACUGUGCCAGUCCUGCCUACUCUUCAUUGAUACAGACAGGGUAGGUGGGGCUUACUGAAUGGUUACAUUGUCACAUGGUAUGAAUGGAAUGAGGAAGAUCUUUUCAGUCCUGGCAUGUAGGGUUAUCCAGACUAGCUGAAAGCAGGUUUAAAGCCAAUGAAGGCAGAUUUAGAAUGAUUACUAUUCCAUAUUGGAGCAAAGGAACCGCUCCCAAGAAAUAGGACGUGAAAUGUAAAAAAGCAAUUCAAGUUCUAUUUAAAGCAAUCCCUAUGAAUCUCAGUGUAGAAGUCAAAGGUAUAUUCAGAUUGAUAUACGUUUGUGGAGGUAAAUGGUGUAAUUGCUUAUAUAAUUAUAACCUUUUAUUGUAAGGAAUUUUUUCGGGGGGGGGAUUUUAGUACUGUGGUCAACCCAAAUGUUUGACUGUCUGGGCUAGGGCAAUGGUUGUGUCAAGUUUGUCGGAGUGUUAAGUGGGAAAGGGAGAGUCUCAGAAAGGAUUUUGUAGGUUAUCGUUGGCUUUGUGUACAGUGUGCAGCUAAAACUUCACUUCCAAGUAGCAAUUGGUCAAUGGGCUACAAAGCACAAGGUGUGAUACUGGGCGGGCCAGACUUGAUUGUGCUGGGACAUAUUCAGUCAAAAACGUAUAUUCAAAUAUUAUUUGGUUUUGAAUUAGCUGAAAUAAAAAAUGAGGCAAAUACCAUAUUAAAGAAUUCUUAGGCCCGCUAGCCCAAUCUAAACAAAGGAGGGAGACGCACUUCUGUACAGUAGAAAGAUGUAUUUCAGUUCAGAUCUUGUUUAAUCAUUGCUUUGCUUGAUAUUUUUUUCUUUGAUUUCGAAUAUAACAGUCAUAUGUUUUAAGAUGUGUUUCUUUGAAUAUUGGAAAAUGUGUCUCAGUGCUGUAAGCCAUGUCUUUGUAGAUUACGUGAAACUUGCAAAGCAAAGUCGGUUGUAAAUAGGGUUGUUUUUGGAUGGUGUUUUUUUUUGUUUGUUUAACUGUCCAUCUUGUGUAUUUGACAUGAAUGGGUUAAAUCCGAAACCGUACCUCACCCAACUGCAGAAAUGCAUAUACUGCCUGCUCCCCAGUCUUGUCAAACCAUUUCAAAUAUACUAUGCUUAUCAUACUCAAAGCCACACUUAGGAAGGGACAAUACUCAUUUCACUUGGCCCAGCCAAAUAGUGGCAAUAUAUUUAAUUCAGUUCAAUAAAUUGACAAUUCCUACAGAAAGUAGCCUUUGUUGACUACUUAAACUAGAAAGGGGUUGCCAGACAGGCUUAAUUGUCCAUGUAUAGCACUAAACUAAAAUACGAACACUACCAGAAUUCACUGGCCAACUCAGGCUAUAGAAUUAUCAGUCUUAAGAUGCUGUCUGACUUGUAGCAGUUGUAUUCUUUUGAUUGGGACUAGGUGUCUGACCAGUCUUGUGAAUGGAACAGUAAUCGGGCAAUGGGCAGGUACUGUGGUCUGAUUCCCUUUCACCUAUAUGAUUGGUAGUUUUACCUGCAACCUUUUAAACCGGCUACGUAAGCACCCUACAGAAGCUGAGCUGUGACUGGAACCCUAAGUUUACAAUCCUGUAAGUUGAAGACUUCUUGGUGAUUUUUGUAAAGCUUUUGUUAAGAUCACCUAGUAAGAUUUAGCACAUACUGUUAGUGGAUGCAAUUCGGUAGUAAUUGGCCCUUUUUGUUGUAAUGAAAAACCAUAAAAUGGUGUUAAAUUUGAAAUAACAAUUUCUUAAAAUUGCCUUUUCUUUUAAAGGGCACGAAGAGAUGUAGCAUUUUCAGCACAUGUUCUACAACUAGGAUAAUACACAAGGCUUUUCAUUUGCCAGUUACAUGACAGGCACUUAAAUUAAACUCAAAACUGCAUUUAAAAUAUUGAAAACAACAUUUGCUCUUCAUUUGGGUUCUGGUUGAUGGCUUUUUUUAAAUAGUUUAAAAAGUGAAAAAUCUAAACUUUUCUGCACCAGUAUUACAGAUAUAGGAAUAAAUGAUAGGGAAAUAAAUAUAUGGUCAAGGGGGUUUGAUUUACCACGUAAAUUGCUGUAAGUUUUUUUGUUUUGGUUUUUUGUGGUAAGCAGGCAUGGUUUAGAAAAUAUGUAUACUAGAUUUUUUUUUUUUUUUCUGGAGAAGAUAUUACUAAAACUUGUUACCUCUUGUAAUGUGACAGUGUGUUUGUCCUAUAGCUUUGUGUGCUAAUAACAUCGUAAGUAAACCAAAUAUAACCAAGAAAGUUGCAAAAACUUCUGUAAGCAGUUAAAAAUAACACAUUUCUAUAUUUUUUUGUGUGGUUUAGAUAUUAAGCACAAGUUUUCUGUGUAUGCAAUCAUAAAACAAGUUUGUCUUGACAAGAAAUGCCUAUUGUCCCUUCAGUGUGGUGCUUUUUUCAAAUACCUUUAUUUUACAAAACAGUUACAGGAAAUGCAUAAAAGGUUUGCUACAAAAAAAGUAAAGAAAAAAAACACACCAAUGUAGACACCCUCCUCGUAUUUACAGAGACAAUAGCUAACUAUUUAUUUCUACAUAAAAAAGGGUCCUCUUACAAAAACAGAUGUUAUUUUAGAUACACUUUAUUAUGAAUAACUUGUGUUAUUUGCUAUGGCUGGUAACCAUUAGUACAUUAUGAAAACUAUUGUGUAGUCACUUAGUUUAUGAUUGCUUUGCUUUGUAAAGGCAAGUAAGCAAAAAAUAAAAAAAGGUUUUUUUUUUUUUCAAUGUUAAAGCUGUGCUUAUUUUGUAAUUUUAUUUUGUUAUUGUUUGUACCUAUGGGGGAGACAGAGGGAAAAAAAAACUUGCGCUGCCUUUACAUUGACACUAACGCAUCUUGUAUCUACAGAAGAGAGCUUGACUUUGUAUUUGGGAAUUAAAAAUCAGUUAUCUGUAAAUGCUUGGUACUGUAUUUGUCUGCUAACGAUAUAUAUAUAUAAUAUUUUUUUUUAACCUUUGGAAUUCAUUGAAAUGGACAACUGAAAAUAAAUGCUAGAGUCUACAGUGGUUCGAACAAGCUGGAAAGGUGUGUGCUAUUGUACACUACAAUCUGGAAAGAAAUAGUACUCUUUAGACCAGUGGUACUCAACUCUGGCUCCUGAGAUCUGUUCCAGUCCUGGUCUUUUUUCUAACCAGGUCCUAAAUUAGUUAAUUGCCUCUUAGCAGCUUCAGUUAACUAUAGCAGAAGAACCUGAUUGGAGUAAAAACCUGGACUGGACUAGAUCUUGAUGGUCAGAGUUGAGUACCACUGCUUUAGACUAUUCUUUUAAAAAGCUAUAAUAUUUAUCCUGAACAUGGACUGAAUUUCUCUGUGUGUCCCCUUACCGUUUUAUAAUAUAUAGCAUAACUGAAGAAAACUUGUUUGCAAGUGUCAGGUCACUAGAUCUUACUUCCAUAAAGAAAUGCUGGCUAAGCUAGCCUAAGUUACAUAUAUCUAGGCAACUAACAGCUCCUGAUUUCAGUUGAAAGCACUUUAAGUAGAGUUAACACAAGCAGUAUUUGAGAAAUUGCAUUACUACUCCGAACAGCAGCAGACUUCAUAAAAAGGCAAUAAAGCAAAGUGAAGGGCAUUUCAUUUUAAGCACUUGCUAUAUGCUUGGUUUUCAGUGGACUUAACUUUUUUUUCCCCCUUUUGCGAUAGUUUUCCCAUUCUUUAAUUUAAGAUUCUUACAUUCAUAAUGGCACCUCAGGAAAAACAAACAAACAAACAAACAAAAUAACCCAAACAACUUCUGUGUGAAGACAUCCCAUUUCGAUCGCUUUUAAACUACACUAUGGCUGUUUAUUGUGUUUUUACUCAAAUCUAGCAGCCAAACUUACCUGUUGUACCAAACCCUUAACAAGUAGCCAUUCUUGUGUUCUAUGCAUAACUCUAUAAAAGCAGACCAGAUAUUAUGGAACUGCAUAUACAAAUAUACCAAUAAUAUACCUUUUUAAUUUGUGUCAUUGCUGUCUUAAUGGCUUAUUUAUAAAAUAAUACAAGCAGGUCAUGCGUGUCUAAGGAGCCUCUCCUAAAGAAUUGGGGUAUGUGUUCAUCUUGAAUGCAAACUGUUAGAAAAACAACUUUUUUAAGGAAUGUUGUGUGUUUUUUUUUUUUUUUUGCUUUGCUUUUUAUAUAGAGGAUUUUUAAAUAGUGGUUGAAAAUGUGAAACCCUCCCUGAGGUUCUGAACUGCAUGCUUGGUUUGUUUCAUCAAACAAAAUGGGCUUAAAAAAAAAAAUCCUUAAAAAAAACAUUCCUUUACAGAAUCUUUAAAGUUAUAUGAAUCAGGCCCAUAGUGAGCUUGAGCGAGACUUACAAAGAGCUGAUACAAAUUAUGACUUUUAUAAAGGAGACAGACACACCACCAACAAUGAAUUGAAGUCUUUGAGUCUUGCAAGUAGCUUAACGCUUUCAGUCCUGGUGGGAUCAUGUUGGAACCUCACAGGACUCCCAGGUCCCAGUCCAAGGUAGGGUAUAAAUAUAUGAAGAAAAAAAAAUGUGUCUUGUUCACGUGUACGCUCAAUAAUCUUUUCUUCACCUCUACAAAAAUAAUUCAGGACUGAAAGGGUUGUUCGAUAGCCUAUUGCUUUUGUUUUCAUUUUUAAAGAAUGUCAUUUUUAUGCAUUCAUUAUUUCCUAGUUUCCUAAAUUGGUCUGGUUUUAUUUCAGUUUUCCAAAGGUUUGACAAAUGCAGAGUACUCCUGCUUUACAGCAAGCGUGGGAGGGCAGUGUGAGGUGUGUACAAGUGGACUCCCUUUUCUGUGUAAAUGCAGCUUUGUGUUGUUUUGUACUGGCUACUGGUGCAGAGCUCUAUCCUUUUUUCUUUAAUAAGAAUUAUUUAUAUACCUUACCGCUGCAUGCAGAUGAUAAAUACAAAGGGGGGGGGGGGGGGGAAUAUUCAAACAUGGUAAUGCAAAAUGUGGCUGUGCCUUUUUUCCUGUGUUUUUUUUGUACGUUUUCUGGUCCCUGUAAACAAAAAAAAAAAAAAAUGGGGUAGGGCAAAAAACAAAUGGAAAAGGUGGCUAUUUUUAUUUGUUAUUAUAAGCUAAACAGCUGUUUAAAUGUAUAUAUGCAUGCCCCCCUAUGUCCCAUGUUUUGUAUCUUUAUUAAGCUGUUUCUGAAUAGUUGCUAUCUAAAGGUUUGAGCAAGCUGGUGUCACUGAAGUUGUACUGCAGAGCACUAGUGAACUUAAUCAACUUAAUCAAUAUGGUCAAGCUGAACUGCUGGUGACUACUUUCAGCUGGCUUCACUGAUAGUAGUCACCUGUUGUUUUAAAGAGUGCGUAUCUUCUAAUGCAUUUAUUGUUAUUGUCCUUUGCAAUCCUUCUCAGUGGUUCUUAUUGCAAUUACUGAAAAAAAAAAAUUCAAUAAAAAUACAAGAUUUUUCAGUUCCAGCUGCCUUGCCAUAGACAUAUGUAAAAUACGAUAGAUCAGUUGGUGUCAGCAGUAUUCUAGCGCACAGCAGAGUAUUGCUAGCAAAACUGAAGGACGCUUUCCAAGUCCAUAGAUCAUUAGAUAGCACAGGCUCUUACUAUGAGUCCAGGAGAUACUCUUCAGUUCUAGUUGUCUGCUAUAUGUAAUGUAGGGUGGUUAUAAAGUGUCUUUCUAUUUGUAAGAGCUAGUGCAUGCGCUGGCUGUUCCUUCAAUAUAGACACUUUGAUCUGAUCUAGCUUAUGUAUGGCAGGCAACUGAACUCUAAACUCGAGUGAUAUGAAUCACUCAGAAUGAUUUCAAGCAUGCCACUGCAGAGACAGUAAAAACAACUAAGAAAAUUAAACUUGAAACUACUUACAACCUUAAGAAAAGGGCUCUUAAGGUCCACUGGAGGAAACCAGUAUUUGGGCUCCAGUUUGACUCCAUUAACCCAUCAUAGCCUAGAGCUUCCUUGCAAGUGCUUGAACCUGCAAUUGACAGCAAUCCAGCUUCGAAUUAAUGUUUUGUUUUUCUUCCCAGCUUUUAAAUGUACUUUUGUAAAUGAUAAACUAGAUUUCUUUAUAGUUGUUCUAGGUUAUCACAGUCAAAGCAGAAAGGGUGGUAGCUUUGUGAAUCUGGGAGAUCAACCAGUUAUAAAACAUUUUACUAGAGAGAAGUGGGUGUUUUUCCUGGGUUUUUUGUUUUGUUUUGUUUUGUUUCUAUGUGUUUAGUAAAUAAAUGUUCUCUUGUGGCUUGUAAAACGGAAUCUCUCUUGAUUUUACACAGCUGUAUUUUGAAAGUCAGAGAUGGGGGAGCAAAAAGGCGAUUUAAUUUUUUAUUUUUUUUGCCCUGCCCUAAUGAAAAAGUUACAUGAAUGAAAAAAAAAAGAAAUGUAUAACAGUUUUUAAGCUCUGUUUCAAAUUGUUCAUGUUUUGCUGCUUUAUGAAGGCUGAAACAUUAUUUUGAGGAAAUUCAUACCUUUGUUAUAAUACAUUUAAAGAAAACUAA